AUGUGUAGAGACGAGGGAGAAAUAUGUAGCAGCGGAGAAAACUUAACAUGUACCUACAUCACAGACUGCCCACUCUUGCAUCUGUGCUGUCCGUACACCUGUGGUAACAGAUGUGUAGCACCAGCAAGGAAAAGAACUUUGAUGGGGUCUGCAGACACUACUUCCUUCGGAUUCGUGAUUGACCUUUGGUUCAACCAAUUCUCGACAGAGACCUACAGCAAUAUUGUCACUGCAAUCUGGGAUCGUAUAAGAUGGGAGACGAAUCCCCCGUCAGUCAACGUGAUGGUUAGAAGCUUCUCCACAACCCGCACCGACCCCAACGAAGCUGAUUUUUGCGAACUGUAUCGUCAACUGGAGACGCUCAAUUUCGAUUUCCCGGCGCUCAAGCUACAAUUUGAUCCCUUUUCCAGAAACAAGAACGUCUUAUACAUCAUCACAGGAUCGGACUCUUACCAUUUCUUCAGACUUCUCUCGCCUCUGAAACGGAUCUUCGACUCGUUGUGCUAUGUUGUGGUUGAUGACACCUCUCUUGGAAACUACAACAUGAUUGCUACCGAAGAGAACGGCGAACCCUGUGUCCUCACCCUCGAGCAAUUAGCCAGACAUGGUUUCACUUCAGAAGAUUUCCCUCCGCGUCCAAAUUGUAAACGUAAGACAUAA